AUAUUACUGGCACUCUGAUAGGUGAUGUCAUUAACACUGUGGCAUUAGGAUCGAGCAUUACUCUAUUUGAACUCCAAGUGAAAUGUAUCGCUAUAAACUUGUUACGGUGUUGCUUCUUCAAAUCAUGUUGCCAUUGGCACUGGUUGAAAGCUCUAAUUUUAGCACUAGAGUAGAGUACAAGGAAGUCAAUACAGUGCCAAGUACUUUGCAUAAAAACCUGGAGCCUUUCAAAUUAAUCGGACGCAAUUCUUAUUACAUAGCAAAAGAUAAAGUAAAUUGGUUUCAAGCUGCACAGAAAUGUCGCAAUCUAAGCAGCAACCUUAUUAACUUAGCAAAUGACGAAGAACGUCUGUUCAUAAGUUUGUAUCUCAAUGAGACUGAGAAGUAUUGGUUGGAUCUUAAUAACCUCGGCCAGGAGGAUUAUAUUUCGAUUAGCACGGGAUCGCAUCCUGUUUAUGUCAAAUGGAUCGAUAAUGCCAUGAAAGUGGAUGACGAAAGAAAGUGCGUGGCAUUAGUAAGUGAUUCUCAAGAGAAUGGGUUUGUUAUGAAAAACGUGGAGUGCUUAGAAAAGAGUCGAUUCAUAUGCCAACUAAAGUCUCCUCGCACCAUUUCCAUUUUGGUUUGGUGAUAAGUUGUGUAAAUUAAUGAAUAAUGCAAACAUAUAUAAUUCCUUUGAUUGUAUACUGAUCAC